CUGUUUCCCCUCGCCAACAGCGCGAGUGUAUUUCAAUCCACAUCGGCCAGGCUGGCGUCCAGAUUGGCAACGCUUGCUGGGAGUUGUAUUGCCUGGAGCACGGGAUCCAGCCGGAUGGACAGAUGCCCACCGACUCGACCAUUGGAGGCGGCGACGAUUCGUUUAACACCUUCUUCAGCGAGACGGGGGCGGGCAAGCACGUACCAAGGGCCGUGUUCAUCGACCUGGAGCCCACGGUUAUCGACGAGGUGCGGACCGGCACCUACCGCCAGCUCUUCCACCCCGAGCAGCUCAUCACCGGCAAGGAGGACGCGGACAAUAACUACGCCCGGGGCCACUGCUCCAUCGGCAAGGAGAUCGUGGACCUGGUCCUGGAUCGCAUCCGGAAGCUGGCCGAUCUGUGCACCGGACUCCAGGGGUUCCUCAUCUUCCAUAGUUUCGGCGGCGGCACCGGCUCGGGCUUCACCUCCCUGCUGAUGGAAAGACUAUCUGUCGACUACGGCAAGAAAUCCAAGCUGGAGUUUUCCGUCUACCCGGCGCCGCAGAUCUCCACCGCCGUGGUCGAGCCCUACAACGCGGUGCUGGUCACCCACUGCACCCUGGAGCACUCCGACUGCGCCUUCAUGGUGGACAACGAGGCCAUUUACGACUUGUGCCGGCGGAACCUGGACAUCGAGCGCCCUACCUACACCAACCUCAACCGCCUGUUGGCGCAGAUCGUGUCGUCCAUCACCGCCUCGCUGCGCUUCGACGGGGCCCUCAACGUGGACCUGACUGAGUUCCAGACCAACCUGGUCCCCUACCCGCGCAUCCACUUCCCGCUCGUCACCUACGCUCCCAUUAUCUCGGCCGAGAAGGCUUACCACGAGGAACUGUCCGUUCCACAACUGACCAACGCCUGCUUCGAGCCGGCCAACCAGAUGGUGAAGUGUGAUCCUCGCCAGGGCAAGUACAUGUCGUGCUGCAUGUUGUACCGCGGGGACGUGGUGCCCAAGGACGUCAACGCCUCCAUCGCCACCAUCAAGACCAAGCGCUCCAUCCAGUUCGUGGACUGGUGCCCGACCGGGUUCAAGGUGGGCAUCAACUACCAGCCCCCGACGGUGGUGCCGGGGGGUGACCUGGCCAAGGUGCAACGCGCCCUCUGCAUGCUGAGCAACACCACCGCCAUCUCCAUGGCUUGGACCCGCCUCAACCUCAAGUUCGACAAGAUGUACGCCAAGCGGGCUUUUGUCCACUGGUACGUGGGAGAGGGGCUGGAGGAAGGGGAGUUCCAGGACGCGCGGGAGGACAUGGCGUCGCUGGAGAAGGACUACCAGGAGGUGGCCGUGGAUUCCGCCGACUUGGAGAGACGGGGUGAAGAGGAAGAAUAAGAUGAAUUAAUUAGGAAGUUUAAAGUUUAAGUUUUAUUUAAUAGACUAUAUUGAAAGAUAUAUCACUGAUAAUAAUAAAUUAUUUAAUGAACAACUGUUUUGUCGAUAUAUUGCAGAACUCGGGUGAAUGGAAGGAGAACUAAAGUGUUUAGCAAACGGGAGACCAGGGAGGUUCACAUGGACUGAGUGAAUGAAGGUGUUCAGUGAAACGUUCGCCCAGUCUACGUUUGGUCUCGCCGAUGUAUUAGAGCCCACAUCUUGAACAACGAAUAUAGUAGAUUAGCUUGAAAUAGGGCCAAAUAAAUAUCGACCAAACCAGAAGGGACUGUCGAGGUCCCUGGACCGAGUCGAGGGAAAUAGAAACAUAGAAACAUAGAAAAUAGGUGCAGGAGUAGGCCAUUCGGCCUUUAUAGCCCGCACCGGCAUUCAAUAUGAUCAUGGCUGAUCAUCCAACUCUGUAUCAUGUACCUGCCUUCUCUCCAUACCCCUUGAUUCCUUUAGCCACAAAGGCCACAUCUAACCCUCUUAAAUAUAGCCAUAAACUGGCCUCAACUGCCUUCUGUGGCAGA